AGAACGGCAAGUUCCACAUAGUAGAGACAUCACAUAUGUGACUCUAGGUGUGAAAGUUAUUUGCAGAUAACACUAUAUGCAGAGGCGGAGCCAGAGGUGCCACCUCAUAUAGCUUAUAGCAUAUAGCUGUGCUGCUCAGGGUAGUACUUAAGGAGCUUUGGUUCUGCAGCAUUUAUGGAAAUCAACUAACAAACAGAACUUGGGAGCUGUAGUGAAUUUAGAUCUACUUUUAUUCUUAUUAGUUUUCAUUAAAAAGUAAAUCUGAGCUUCGCUUUAACAGAAUGAACAGCAAAAUCGUCUACGUGUCUAUUAUUGUGUUCCUGGCAUAUCUGACCAGUGGGGAAGGAAUGAGUCUUAGAGGUCUGGGUAUAGAUCCACGCUGCCGCUGUGUUGAAACAGAGAGUCGGCGCAUUGGUAAAUACAUCGAGAGUGUGUUAUUCUUCCCUGCCAGCUCGCACUGCAAAGACACCGAGAUCAUUGCCACUCUGAAGAGCACCAAGCAGAAGAUCUGUCUGGACCCUGCUGCUGAAUGGGUUAUUAAGUUCAUUGAGAAGAAGAGUAAGUCAAUAAAAAAAACAUGAAUGUGUGAAUCAUCCAAUGUGUAUUUCAAUGCAACGUUGAGCAUGAAGGAAAUACGACUCUCCACAGCUGCCAUUUAAUACUUCAAAAUCAAAUCACUUUAUUGUCACUUAGCCAUAUACACAAGUGCAACAGUGGGUGAAAGUCCUGAGUGCAGUUCCAAGCAACGUAGCAGUGAUGAGACAUAUACAAAUUUACAAUAAACAUCAGAUUUACAUAACACAAUUUACAUAUCUAAUAUAAACAUAAUUACACACAACACAAUAUAUAAAUAAUUAUAUACAACGUACAGUAUACAAUUCACAUAAUAUAGAAUACAUAUGCACACAAUAUAGAAUACACAUUAUACAAUAAAAAGAGUAUAUAUAAAAUAUACAGUAGGUUGUAUUGUGCUGUACUGACAUUCAGGCUGUUGGCUGACAAGAAUUCAACCCAUACUGGUAAUUUGAUGGGUUGAAUCCUAUGUUUGGCUAUGUUUACAACUGUUAGAUUAAAUGUUUAAUGUUAUAUAUUUAUCUAUUGUUUAAACUAUUUAUCUGUUUGUAUGCUUGAAAUAUUAAAUGUUAUUUAUUACACUGUUUCCUUAAGUGUUUUUUAUAUUCUAUGUGAUGAUGUGUAUUAAUUACAUUCCUAGUUAGUUUUGUUUUACAUAAUGUAUAUUACAUUAAUAUAUCAUGCUACAUAUUUAGUCUAAGUCAGCACAGUUGCCCUUUCUCUUAAUGAAAAAAAAAAAAAAAACACUUUUUAUUUUAGGAUCCAUGAAAAGCUUUUCUUCUAUAGAGCAUUUGUGGCUAAUGUUGAAAAAAUGUCAAAUUGUUUUGUGUCAUUCUUAAUCUAGAAAAAAAAAACAUAACUUCAGACUUAACUUGCUAUUUUGAGGACAUAAUAAUUGCCACAUUGUAUUAUGUUUUUUGAAAAUAAAAACUAAUGUUGAAAAUCAUGUGAACAAAGCAUAACCUUCU